AACGGAAAAAAGUUACUGUGUUAAUUUAUUUGUUGCCAAAAAAGAAAAGUAAGGUUCGCCGGAAGAGAAGAGCAAAGAGCCAGGCUCAGGCUGCUACACAAAUUCCGAUCCCGGCGGAGAAAGCUUUAACGACUCUUCAAUGGAUCCGACUUCUUCUUCUUCUCUUAGAUGGAACAUUCUUCGUCAAGCGCUUCUCCGCAGAUCUGAUUCUCAAUCUCAAGCUGAGAUAAAGCGGAUUUCAAGGAAAGCUACUCAAGGGUUCAACUUGAUUCCGUGUCAAGUGGUGGAUUCUUCUCCGCAAUCAGAUCAUUCUCGGGAGGCAUGCGUUUGCUACACUCUUCCCAUCACUGCUUCUCCAAAACUCUAUCUGACACAAAGAGUGGAUAAUUGCAGUGAUCUCAAUGACUUUGAGAUAUCUAAUCGAUACAACAUUGAUAAUACUGGACUUGUCUGUCAGUGGCCCUCAGAAGAAGUUCUAGCAUUCUUUUGCCAGUCUCAGCCAGAUCGUUUCAGAGGUAAAAGAGUUAUAGAGCUUGGCUCGGGGUAUGGGUUAGCCAGUUUAGUUAUUGCAGCUGCCACCGAGGCUACAGAAGUGGUUAUCUCAGAUGGAAAUCCCCAAGUAGUUAAUUAUAUUAUGCGUAACAUAGAAUCCAACUCCAUGGCAUUUCGUGGCACAAGUGUGAGAGCCAUGGAGUUGCACUGGAACCAGCAUGAACUUUCAGAGUUAAACAACACUUUUGACAUCAUUGUUGCAAGCGACUGUACGUUUUUCAAGGAAUUUCAUAAGCAUCUUGCAAGAGCUAUCAAGAUGUUGCUUAAAGCCAAAGAACCCUCCGAAGCAUUAUUUUUCAGUCCUAAGAGAGGUGACUCCUUAGACAAGUUCUUGAUGGAGAUUAAAGACAUUGGCUUACAUUAUGUCUUAACUGAAAACUACGAUGUACAAGUUUGGAAGCGCCAUGAGACGCUUGUUAAAGGAGACGAAGCUUGGCCUAACUAUGACAAGAACCAUUGCUACCCUUUACUUAUUCAAAUUACGAAUCAUAUGUAGUCAAGAGUGUCAUAUUGCGACUAUGGAUGGCGAAUAAACGCAGUAGUCAAAGCUACAAGCUGUUCAACAAAGAAACAAGAGAAGUGGUAUUUCUAGUCGAAUCUCCAAUGACCAUACCUGCGUGAUAAGGAUUUGCUAAUGAUGGUUCUUCUAUCGGUUGUUUCAUCUCUGUACUGAACUCAGUUUCAGAACCAGAUACAUAUCCUGUCUCUUCAGGAGGUGGUUCUCUUUAAGACUUGAAACUUUUUCACACAGUACAAAUACAUUAUUCAGAGCUUUCAUCAUAUAUGGUAAACUCCAUCUCUUUAACUGUUUUGACUAAUUUAUUUCUCCUCACCUGGACAAGUUGGGAUAGAAAGUGACGGUAAUCAGCAUCACAACAAGUGAAAGUAUUUUCCCUUAACUGUACGAUGUAUGACUAGCUGAUGCUGAUAUAAAGACUUGUGAGUAGAUCAAGGGCUUGCAGAUACUAUGGUGCUACUAGAACCGUUAAAAUAGCAGCCGAUAUGGCCCCAAAAGCAAGCGAACCAACCUGCAGGUGCUCAAAAAGUGCGAUAGGUAUAUUUGGAGAGAGCCCUAACCCGGAGGUAUCGAGUCUGGGACUACUGGCACGUGAUAAAAUCCCAGUCCACACUGUGAAAUCGCAUAUGUUGAACGUAUUACAUAUUUCAACACUUGUAAUUAUCCUAAUAUACUGUCAAGAGUAUUACAUACUUUCUUUUUGCUAAAUAUGUAAAUAUUUAGAAUGAAGUUAAAGGUUUUACGUAA